CACAUAUCAUUGUCAUCAUUGCUGCUGCUACCCUGACACAUCUCCAUCUCCGAAAAAUGGAUUAUGUGAUCGAGCACUCUACACCUAGCACCUGUAUCCAAACGAAAUCGACUUUUCCUUAAGCUGGAAAUUCGGCUUUAGGAUGAACCUCAUCGUAGCAUCGCGGCGACGGCCGUUAAAUAUAGCUAAAGUCCACACUGAAGAAAGUAUAAAGGGACAAUCAAACCGACCAUGGCAUCAACUUCUUGUUUCUUCAGAUUAAUCAACACCCAACGCAUAUUCAGACCGCAUUUCAACCCUCAACUACAGCAAUUCUCAUAUAUUCCUAAAUCACCUCAUUCAAGGUUCUACUCUCAAAAACUAAGACCCAGUACCACCAAAAACAACAUGACUGGCAACGUGUGGUUCAUUGCCGGAGCGAGCAACGGCUUUGGCCGCGCCAUCGGCUUCGAGGCUUUGAAACGAGGAGACAAAGUAGUCGCUACAUCGCGCAACCCUGCCAAGAUGGCCGAUCUCAAAGAAGCCGGCGCUUUGGUAUAUGCUCUCGAUGUAACCGCCGAUGAUGCGACCAUACAGGCUGCGUUCCAAAAGGCGAUCGACGCCUAUGGGAAGAUCACUCACUGCAUCAAUGCUGCGGGGUACAUAUUAGAAGCUGGAAUUGAGGAAGCCUCGCCUAAAGAGAUUUUUGAUUUAUUCAACACCAAUGUCCUAGGGGUCAUAAACAUGACGCGCAACAUCCUACAUCACAUGCGCCCCAGACGGGAGGGCGUGAUUGCCAACUUUGGCAGUCUAGGUAGCUGGCGGGGCGGUCCGGGUGCCGGAUAUUAUGCAUCGACAAAGUUCGCGAUGACCGGGUUCACGGAGUCAUUGUAUGAGGAGGGGAAGGAACUGGGGAUCUCUGGCGUCAUCAUCGAGCCGGGAUACUUCCGAACGGGAUUCCUUAACACAGGCGGUGGUAACCGUCUGGUGGCUGCGAACCCGCUGACCAAGGAGUACGAAGGCACUGUCGUAGCGGCGACUAAAGCCCGACUUAACAGCGUUGAUAAUAAUCAGCCGGGAGAUGUUGUCAAGGGUGCCAAGGUUAUUGUCGAUGUGUUGACGAGGACCGGUGCUGCUGAGGGCAAGGAGAUCCCUAUGAGGCUCGUGCUUGGUGCCGAUGCAGUAGCGGUUAUCAAGGACAAGAUCGCAAGGACUGAGGCUAAUAUGAAGGAAUGGGAAGACGUCAUCCUCAGUACUGAUCACGACGAUGUCAAGAAAUAAGAAAUUCUCCGCAUUAUAGGUACCUACCUAUCUACUCAGGUAUAUUCAACACUUUAGAUUGUCAGGAUAGCUUUUCAAAGCAAAUGGGCGUUAUCUUUGGUAGAAAUUAAUAUAAUGAGACUUCAUAAAAAAU